UGUGUUGAUUUUCUUUGAUCACUCUAUUGUUUAUUAUUCUUCUAUUUUUCUUUUAGUGUCUUUUGUUAUGUCAUUGUUUCAGCUUCAACCCUUUAAUGGAAUAUCUCAGCUUGCAGUGGGGAAUCCAUUCCAGCAGAAAAAAUAUGGCAGAAGAACCUUCCUUUGUAGACCACAAGCUGUUGCUUCCAGAACACAGAGGAUAAUGGAGAGUGUUUCAGUGAGUGGAGAAGUUGGUGGGGCUGGGGGAGCAUACUCUUAUGAAGCCUUGAAAAGAUUAGACCAGUUAUGGUCUAACAUAUGCUCUGCUCAAGAAGUUGUGCAAGAACCUCAGCAAGUUGUCUCUACUGUUCCAAGCUCAUUUCGCUCGUCCAAUCUGGCCGACAAAGCACAAGGCUCAUAUGACGUGUUGGUGUGUGGAGGCACUCUGGGGAUCUUCAUUGCAACAGCCUUGUGUGCUAAAGGCCUUAGAGUAGCCAUUGUAGAAAGGAAUGUAUUAAAAGGGAGGGAGCAAGAAUGGAACAUAUCAAGAAAGGAACUUAUGGAACUAGUGGAAGUUGGAGUCCUGGAAGAAGAAGAUAUUGAUAGAGCCACAGCCGCAAAGUUCAAUCCAAAUAGAUGUGGCUUUGAAGGGAAAGGUGACAUCUGGGUUGAGGACAUUCUUAAUCUUGGUGUUUCACCUGUAAAGCUAAUUGAGAUUGUAAAGAAACGUUUUAUCUCCCUUGGCGGAGUCAUCUUUGAGGGUUGCAGUGUUGCCGGCAUUGAUGUAUAUGAGGAUGCUGCAGUUCUGAAACUUUCUGAGGACAAAAUCUUGUUAUCUCGUCUUAUAAUCGAUGCCAUGGGGAACUUUUCCCCUGUUGUAAAACAGAUAAGAUGCGGGAAGAAACCCGAUGGCAUUUGCCUUGUUGUUGGAACUUGCGCACGAGGCUUCGAGAAAAACUCUAACAGUGAUGUCAUAUAUAGCAGUUCAUCAGUAAAGAAAGUAGGGAACUCAAAAGCACAAUACUUUUGGGAGGCAUUUCCAGCUGGAUCAGGUCCUUUGGAUCGCACCACUUACAUGUUCACUUAUGUAGAACCUCAACCGGGAUCACCAAAAUUGGAAGAAUUAUUGGAACAAUACUGGGAUCUGAUGCCAGAAUAUCAGGGUGUUUCGCUCGACGAUUUAGAGAUACUGAGAGUUAUUUAUGGCAUCUUUCCCACAUAUCGCGAGAGCCCUCUACCAUCAGCUUUUAAUAGAGUUUUACAGUUUGGUGAUGCUAGUGGCAUACAAUCACCAGUUUCAUUUGGUGGUUUUGGAAGCUUGACCAGGCACCUUGGAAGACUCUCAUCUGGAAUAUAUGAAGCAAUGAAUGGUGAUUAUCUUGAGUCACAAGACUUGUCUCUUCUGAAUCCAUAAUGGUAUUUUUCUGCAUUAUUUUUUAUCACCAAUGUUCCUGAAGAUUUUAUUAAUGAACUUCUUUAUACCAACUUUAAUUGUAUGCAGAGGCUUGGAGAUCCAGUACUAAGACCAUUUCUACAGGAUGUUGUUCAGUUUGGGCCACUCUCCAAGACAUUGGGACUAGUUAUGUUAACUAAUCCUCAAAUUCUCCCUUCAAUAUUUAAACAGGUUGGUGUUCCUGUGCUUCUUGACUGGUCCAAACACUUUCUGAUGCUUGGUUACUAUACUUUCCUCUCCACCUUUGCUGAUCCUGUUGUGAGGCCAUUCUUGAAUACAUUACCAUCGAAGACGAGUUUCCGGUGGAGGCGGCAUCUAGAGGCCUGGAAAUAUGGAGCUGGUCUUGAUUACAAGCUUUGAAGUAACUUCAAAGAUGCAAAAACAGAUAUGAAGUUGUCAAGAUCGUUUGCUUUUCCCUAACAUCCAAUUUCAGAAGUGGUGCUUGUCAAGAAUGUGCAUUUCAUUUCACUCACUCUUGAUCCUUGUAAAUGAAUAAUGGUGGAAUCUCUAAAAUUGGUCUUGAUUAGGAGGGUACUCAAUUCUUUACGUUAUUUAGGCUUUUUAUGAAUAUACUUGAGUUGUACCAUACAAAACAAUGAAUAUU